AUGACGAAAGGCGGUUCGUCGCCGGUACUCGUCGAAAACGGCGGUAACAAAAUGGACGGAAACGGCGCUACGCCCACUGUCAAAAAGCGCGGUUUCUUUAGUGGCUCAUUCCGGCGCCGCCGGAGUUCCGACAUCAAACUCAACGACACAAUAAUUAUCAACGAGAACGUGGUAUUCAAUGGAAACAAUAAGAACAGCGGUACGAACAGCGUUGUAGACGGCAGCAAGGCCACCGAAAAUGGCAAAAGCACCGUGGCGCCUACUGCAGCUGCCGUGAACGACAAGAAGCCGCCGUUGCAACAGAAACAACAGCAGCAGGCGGACAGCAAGAAAGUGGCCGCUGCCGCGGCGGAAAGCAAGAAGCAGCAACAACAAGCAGACAAGAAAAAAGCUGCUGCGGCGAUAGAGGACAAGAAGAAAACUGUUGCGACGGCAGAGGACAAGAAAAAAACUGCUACGACGCCAGAGGAUAAGAAAAAAGCUGUGACCAAAAGAGGUAAUUGUUUUUUCCUGGUGGAUUUAUAACCGUAGGGGACGGGGAUUUUUGCGACGGUUUACGCGUGAAUCGGAAAUCUACUGAUUUUUGUAACAAAUGAGCGUGCGCGCGUGCAGGUACUUUAGAGGUUUCCGAGUUCGAUGUACUACAAAAUAGAAAAAUAAAAUGGCAAAUAGGUACAUUCGUAAAAGUAAAACGUUGUAAACGUCGAGUUAAACUCUGAAUCGUUUUUCGGAUUAGGAAUAAUUCGUUUACCGUGAAAAGAAACCCGUCAAAGUAAUAAUAUCUAGCCGAUUGUCGUGUGAGAGUCGGAGACUCUCAUAGAUUGUAGACCCCCCCUCUUAAAAAAAAAUAAAAAAAUAUUUCCUCCAUUUAUAAUUGUAUUUAUUUAAGUACUUGAUAAUAUUAAGCGAGUUCGUAAUGUAACUGUGUUUGAAAACGUAUUGCCUGCUCUAUCCUAUUUCUAUUAGAAUCACUUGUAUUAAAAUAAAUUACGUAUAUUUAUACGUAAACGUGAUUAAGUACGAAUUGUCGGGGAGGAAAGGGGGACUUAGACCCCCUUAUUGUUUAUUAUUAGUCGUGGAAACCCUUCGGGGACUGUAAUAUUGUGCGUGUCGCCCGCAGUGUACCGGCCAGUGAGUUAUAUUUUUACCAACCCGAAUGGUCGUGGCCACGAGUUGAACGACCCCGUGUGUCUGUAUGUAUAUAUAUACAUAUAUAUACAUAUUAUUUUCUUGAUGAUAAUGUUCUUCGCUGACGAACGACAAUAACCUUCUAAUAUUAUUAUAUGUUGUGUCUUGCAUUUUAUAUAGAUAUGUACUUAGAUGUGUCUUUUAUGUAACGCGUCCGAUUCUUUGAUGGUGAUGCGCAUCGAUCAGCGUGCAUAAAACGAUAAUCUCGAAACAACGAUUCGAUCAGUAUUUUACAAUAAUUCUUCGGUCCCGGAAAAGAAGGGUUUAAUUUUUGGUAUUUUUUUUUUAAAUAUAUUUUUACCUUGUGUUAUUUGUGUUUCCCUUUAUUUUUUCACUCUAAAUGACACAAGUGUAUGUAUAUUAUUGGUAACACAUUAUUAUAUUUAUUUAAAUAAGUAUAUUAAAAAUUAAAAUAUCCUAAUGUACAUCUUAUAUGACAUGAACAUUUUAUUUUGCAAAAAGGCAUAAUUCAUAGGUACGAGUAUAAUACAUUUUAUUAAUUAAACCAUUUAAAACACUAUAUUUAGUUAGGUCAUUUAGCAUUUUAACAUUUAAUUUAUUUGUACCUAUUUAAAACCACUAUACAUACUGGAAUAUCGAGCUGUACAUUUUUUAUUUUGUGCUCUCUAAAACACUAUUUUAAGUCCUGCCAAACGAGUGUAAACUGUGGAAUGGGGUUAAUAUAUUAGAAAAAAAAAUGCAUAUACGUAUUCUAAUAAAAAUGUGUAUAUUUAAGUAAAUGAUUUGUUAUAGAUCAUAAUAAUUAGGAUAAAAUCUAUUUCGUCGUGGUUAAUAAACAUAAUAAUAUAAUGUAACUAUUUUACGAUGUCUUGAAAUAUGGCCCUCUGCCCCUUCCCUUAAAUACGUUCCCGGAUGUGGUAUUUCUAUUUGGUUUUGUUUUACUUUAGUAAAAUCAUCAUUUACAUGCAUAUUUUUCUGUAAAUUAUAAUAUUUUCAAAUGAUCUAUAUUAUAUUUUAUUAAAAAGCGAAAGACCAUAUAUUCAUUUAUACAAAUCUAUUAGGACGUAUUCACUGGGCAUUAGAAUAUGACGUAAUAAAUUAUUUUCAUAAUAUAAUUUAUUUGGUAUUGUCUAUUUUUUUUUGUAUUCGUUUAUUUAAAUUUAAAUCUAAACCGUGUGCGUAGAAUUAUAUGUGACAAAUUUUUGUAUAUUAUAAUUACAGGCACGCCGUUUUUGAGUAACAGUAUUGGAAUAUAAAUGUGUAAAGUAUGUUCGACUAUAUAGAUAAAACAAAAAAAAAAAAAACCACAUGGCUCUCGACGUAUUUUUACAGCCGACAUUUAAAUAUGACUUUAAAAUAGCAGAUUUUAUAUUUGGUUUUAAUAAUAAUAAUAAUAAAAAUAUAUAUAUGUAUAUAUAUAUAUAUAUAUAUAUAUAUAUAUUUAAUUGAUGAUUCGUAUUUUUGAUUUGAGUUGAAUUUUAAUAAUAAUUAUUAAUAAGUGGACGAAUUUGGUUAUAGGUUUUGUUUCAACAGCGUGGUCUAUAUUUUCAUCUCCUAAAAUGUUAAUAUUCGUAUUUGAGCCGCAUUACGGUCAUAGUCUAAAGGGGAAAGAUACUCUUGACGGGGCUCUUUUUUUAAAAUAUAGAUUUAUUAAUUUGUAUUUAAUAUGUUUUAGUAUUGUCGGCUGUCAUCUUGUUAUAUCAGUAUAAUUAAUAGUAUCGAUAACAGGUAUAGGUACUUGUAGUUUCAAAUCAAUAUUAUUGUUAUAAAAUGACCAAGUGGUUCCUAAUAUAAUUUACCAUUGAUUAUUGAUUAUUUACCAUUGCAAGACGUCUAUGUCUAAAAUUGAAAGAAAAAAAGGAGACAAAACAUUGUGGUUCUCUAUUCUUCUCUUCGACUCGCUACAGCCCCCUCCGCUUAACCUCCCUUAAUUUUGUAUUAUUUAUGUAGUUUUGGUUAAUUAAUGGUUGGUUUUUUCGGUUUUUUCCACCGGUGUUAUACUCGGGUUCGCUAUUGUCAUUAAAAACAUAGAAUUAUAAUAUUAAUCCGUAGACAUAAAAUAAACAUCGGUUUCACGACAAAAUAUCCCCGCAAAAAUAUCCCAUGUCGAAAAAUCCCACGUAAAUAUUAAUUUAAAAUUUUAACCUUUAUUAUUAAUAAAAAAAAAAAUUAAUUAAAAUAUGUUAAAAUAAAUACUAAAAAAUAUUUGCUCUUAAAAAUUAAAAAAAAAUCUAUUCAAAUACAUUUUUUCUUUUUUAAUUAGUGCACCGCUCAAUUAUUAUUUUUUCACUCUUUCGGUGUAUAUUAAAUGAGUAGCCUUUAAAUAUUAGUAAUUUAUUGCCUUUUUGAUUUCGGAUAAAUUCUAACACUUUGUACUUGUCACAAACUUGUAAUAACCCAAACAGUUAACUCACGAGUAAUGAAAACAAAACACUAUACCAUUAUUAUAUUAUUACUUCUAAUCGUAUAACAUAUCUAAUCGUAACUUUCAUAAUAGAAGUUAAACAUUUUUAGGUUAAAAUUUAGAAUUAUUAUUUACGUGGGAUUUUUUGACAUGGAAUAUUUUUGUGAGGGUAUUUUGUCUGGGAUAUUUUGUCUUGUCACCAUAAACAUAGGAUGUUCGUUUAAAUUCCAUAGAUUAAAAUUAUGAUUAUAUACCGGAUUUUACAGUUUAAGAUUAAAAGUUUCUACUGUAUUGUAUUAUUGAUAUUAUUCUAAUACAAUAUUAUUGUUAAAUAUAUUAUUUUUUAUGGGCGUGCACGUGUUUAGUUUCAAAAUGACCCCUCGUUUUUUCCCCUAACCUUAUCGAGUAUCUUCACGGAUAUUAACAACCGAACGUCGUCAUUUUUGAAUUUCCGGAGUGAAAGUUGUUUGCGGCGGGUAGCGUUUCUUCCUUCCUUUUAGGGAGGCGAGGCGGCGAGAAGUAAUAUUUUUCUCAUAUAAGAAAUUUAUCCCAUCUAUUAUGAUAAUAAAGUUAUUUAUAUUAAAUAGUUCAUUAUAUAAUAAUAUAAUAAUUGGCCAAGUAUUAUAUGGUGAACAUAUUAUUAUUUAAAGAUUUUUGUGCGAAUAACUAUUUUAAUACAUAUCUAAUUUAAUUUAUUGUUGUAUCCGAUUUAUUUAGUAAUUGAUUAAUAAUUAAUCGAAUAUUUAAUAAUUGAUUAAAAAUAUCAAACUCCGUAUCGAACAAUUACCGACAUUAUUAGUCUUUUCCUAGAUAAUUAUAUAAUGCCUAAAAAUAAAAAUCCAUUGACGAUUAGAAUAUUGUAUAGGUAAGUACAUAUAUAUAUGUAUAUUAUACCAUUUUUUUGUGAUUUCUUGGUUUUUCGUUUUAAAAGAUUUUCUUUGUGACUGAAGGACGUUUUUUUUUUACUAUAAACGUAACUCAUGCUUAAUUUUCUCUUCUAUAUUAUUAUUUUUUGUAAAAUAAUUUUGUUGUAUAUUACUAUAGUUUGUGUCAAGGUCAGUGUAAUAGUGUUGAAUGAAAAUAAUUUGUUACGGUGCAAUGAUUUUUUUAUGUUUAUUUAUACAUUUUAUAUUGUAAUAAUAUAUUACCUAUAUAUUAUUAUUCAUUAUAAUAUAUAAAAUUCAACAUAGCGAAUACUAUAAAUAAUAUUUCCAAUAAUAUUAUAUGCGUUGUAAUUUUUAAUAUUAAAGAGACAAAAUUUCACGUUCAAUUGUUGGUUUUUUUACCUAUAAACAAGACAUCAUAAUGUGUAAAUUUAAUUAGAUUAAUGGCUUAGUGUUAACCCACAUUUAAAUCUAAAAUAUUUAAAUAUAAUAUAAAGAGAAUUGGUCACUGUAUAUUUCAGUCGAUUCAGACUAAAAAGUUUGACAAAAUUGUUGGAAUAGUGUUUAACAGAUUUCAUUUUUCAAAGCGGAUAAGCUAUCAUGAAUUGUUUAGUUUGUUUAUUAGGAUAUGUUGAAUGUAAACAUUAUUUUUGUAGAAAUCGUAAAAAAAUCUGAUUGUAUUUUUGAAAAAUGUUCAAAAAUAUACAUGAAAUAAUUUGAUGUUUAAUUAUAAUAAAAAUAAAAAAAAAUUAUUCCAAAGUAUCCCAGAAAAGAACUUUAAUACGUUAUUAAAAUUAAAAUUUGUCACGUAAUUUCUACAGUUUUACGGUCUGAAACAUACGUCAUAUUAGUUCAUAAAAACGGCCGUACCACUUCCCCUUAAUUGGGUAUUAGGUAGUAAAUUAAUGGAUAAGUUUUAUCAUUAAGGUAGUCACUAAAAUAUUUAAAAAAAAUUAAAAUUUUAAAAUUAGAGAAAUUGGAAAAACCGUCUCCUCUUCAAGGGUAAUCUUAAGUAUUUUUUAUUGUAAAUUAAUCUAUUUAUCGAUAAGUUUAAUAGGUUAUGAAAAAACCGCGUCAAAUGUAAAUAAUUAUUAGUAAAAUGAUUUAUUAGUAUAAGUGUAUUACUAAAUCUUUUUAUACGUAGGACAUUAUAGUUAAAAAAUUGCACUAAAGUAAUUAUUUUCAUUACUCUAGAUUUUAGAGUUGUUAAUAUAAUUGAAUUUAACUUGUUAUUUUAAAAUACAUACUAGUAUAAUAUAGUGUUUAAUAAUUUAAUGCAAAUUAAAAAUAUUAAUAAUAAUAAUAAUUUAUUCUGUUUUACAACUUUGAUUUUUAAUUAUUUUUACUUUUAUAAACUUCACACAUUAGUACUAAAAAAAAAAAAAAACACGAGUAUCGGUUAUUAAAACGAACCGUCAUGUAUUAUGCAGUACCUAAUAGUUUUGUUAUAAUUUUAUAAUUGUUGAGAAAGUUGAUAAACCAUUUCGUAAAGUAUAACUCGUUUAUUCCGAUAUUACGUUCCCAUCAGAUAUAUUUUCUAAUAUUGUAGGUAGACCUAUAAAUUAUAGGUUUAUUGUAUUCUUUUGAACAGGGAACGUAAAUAAAGUACCGAAUGGGAUUUUUUUUUUUUGAGGUCAAAUUAUUUGUUAUCAUUACGUGUAUAUCGCAUAACGUUAAUACUGAGCAGCAUUUUAGUGUUUGCGUUUCACCUGUUGUGCACCUCUCAUUCUCAUGACGAACAAGGUCACCAUUCGAGUUCUAUAAUCUUAUCAAUCAUUUGAAUUUAAAAUCGCGACUCUGGUUUUUAGUAUGUUUUAUAUUAUAUUAAUUUUGACAAGUUUAUGGAUACAUUUUUUCAUCAGCUAUUCUCACAUAUUAUUAUUAUUACCUAUACUUACUAAUAAUUGUAAUUGUUUAUUCUUUCGUAUUGUAGUUGAUGCCGAAUUAUAAUUAUUAUCGAAGUCUUAAAAUUUUAAUAUUAUAACUAAAACCGAUAUGAACGUGUGUAUAUUGUUUACAAUAAUCUCGUAUAAUUCUGAUAAUAAUGUAUAUUACUCAUUUUUGAUAGGUUGAAUACCUAUUUUAUAAGUGAUCUUGUAUAUAGAUAUAGUAUAUCAUUCUGUAUGUAUAUUGUAUACAUAUACAGAUUUAUAGAAAUACGCAUGACAUGUUCUAUGUUAUCAGUGAUCAGAUGUCAUUGUAUAAAUAAAUAAUAUACUUGUAAUACUAUAUGUAAUACAAAACUGCAGUUCAAUUUUUUUUUUUUUUAUCUGCAGUAGUGUUAAAGUGUAUAGGUAUAAAUCUGCUUGUAGACGAUAACUAAACACUUCAUGAAAUUCACCUAUAAUUAUUAGGUACACAUAACUCUACAUUUUAUUAGCUUUGUUAUUGAUUUGUAUAGAUUAUGACGGUUAUUAAAAACAAAAUUACUAUCAAUCAUUUAUUAUUACAUUCGUUAAAUUUAUUAGUAUUCAAGGUAGGUUAUCUUUUAUGGUUUGACGUAUUAAAUAUAGGUCAGCCGUAGUAUAUUUUAUAAAAUAAAUAUUUGGUCUUAAUUUAUUAAUCAUAAAAUAUUAUAUUUCAUUCAUAUUAUUUUAAUUGUCUAUAGAAAACAAAUAUCAGCAAUUAUAUACUUAAACAGUGUUAUAAUAAACAUAAAUAUUGUUUUCAUGGUAGUUAUAUAUAACUACCUAUAAUAGGUGCCUAAUCAUUUAUUUAAAUUAUUUUUAUUACGUUUCAAAUUAACCAAAAUUAUAUACCUAUAUAUGUGUGUGUAUAUACGUACUAAAUAAAAAUUGUCUUGAAUAGACGAAAAUAUAGUUAGGUAAUUAUGAUUUCAUUUUGGAAGAAAAAGUAAAUGCUAUUUAAACCUUCAUUAUAAUAAUCUACCCAUUUUUCACUUUUAUGGAUUUUUUUUUGAGGUUAAAUAAAAUUACAAUUUCCCCUCUAGGCAAGUUGUUGAUAGUACGCGUCGUAUACCUAUAGUAGUAGUUCAAUAAUAUACCGUAUUAAUAGUUAAACUAAAAUAAUUAUUGUAAUAGUUUUUAAGUUUAAUGCAUUGGUAUAAUAAUGUGUAUUUACAACGCACAUUUAUAAUAAUAUAUUAGCGUGGUGUUCCGACAGUUCGCAAUUACGUCAUACUAUCGUAAAAGUGGCAACUUGAACACAAUAUGCAACAUCAAUUAAUUUACGUAUAUAUAAUAUUAUUAUUAUUUUCAUGUACCUAAAACACUAUUGCCGCACACGUCACUAGUAUUAUUACUAAAUUAACAGUUGUCGUCCCAUCGAUUUUAUUUAAGCAAUACUCAAUAAAGACAGUGGUGUGCGAAGGUGGGAGGUUAGAAGUUAUAUUAACCAUAUCACCUUGAAAAAAAAAGUAACUGAGUAUUUAUCUAAUAAUUUUAUCUUGGAGUUAUUUAUUUUAACCAAAUGACAAACAAAAAAAGCUUGAUUUAUUAAAUACAACUUUUCAUUUUAGAUCUGGCUUUUAAAUUUACAUUGUUGGGUUAAGUAUAACAGGAGGAAAUGUUACGAUUUAUUUACGAAUUAUAAUUAUUGUUUUUCUAAUUACUAUACGUUUUUUCCUAUUGAUAUUUCUGGGCACGUCUUUGCUCGACGAUAGUUUUAUUACUUAUUCGAAUAUAAAAAUAAUUUUGUUUUACCUAAUAUUUAACCUAUUAUGUUUGUUUAAGAUCAGGCUAUAUCAUUAUUAUCGGUCUUUACCAAUGGCGUACAUCACUCAAAAUUAAAUUGGAAACACCAAGUUGAUCGAAUAACACUUAUUUCCCACCCAUCAAAUUGUACCAAAUUAGCAUUAGCAUCAGCUAUUUAUAAUUGUUAAUUUAUAACUAAUGAUUUCUAACAUAAUGUGUAGAUAUUUUUAGCUUACCAAUAUCCGCCUAAAAUUUUGGGGUAGAAGCUGUUAGAAACCAUGCAAUAUGCGCCACUGACAAUUUCUGUCUCAACCUAAUCAAAAUAUGUACCAAAAUAUUUUUUUAGGGCAGUAUUAUACUACGUUUCUGCAGUUUUUCUAAAAUAUUAUCAAACUAAAAAGCUACAGAUUUGUUUUUGAAAUAUAGCAUUAACUUUUUAUAUAAUAAUAUGUUAGAAAAAUAGAAACAUGGAUAUUCUCAUUCUUAAUUUUGUUUUUAAAGUUUUAUUUGAUUUACUUAAAAAUUAUUAUAACACGCAGCUAUUACAAUAUUAGGUAUGUUCGUGUGUACUGUCUAGGUAUCUCGUAAAUUAUUUUUGACGUAUACUUACAUCAUGACCUAUAUUGAUUACGGUUUUUAUAUCGAUACCUUUAUUUCUGUAAAGCACGAAAUAAUAAUAUCAUGUACUUACGGAUGAAAAGUUUUGCACUUUUUUUUUCGUUUUAUGUGCAUUGUGUUUUAGUUUGACUAAGUGAAACCAUCCGUGACCUAGAUUAUUAUGUUUAUCAUGUAUAAUAUUAUAAUUUUAUAUUCGCAAUGUUUACUUUUUAAAAGUGUAUAAAUAAAUGAGACACGUUAUCAUUAUUGUUAUUAUUAUUGAUACCUAUACCGCAAAUAGGUAAAAGAUAUGACUAAUAAUUCUCUACUGAGAAUCGUUUUUCGCCAUCGUUGAGUACAGAUAUCGAGAAUAAUCAAACAUCAGUUAUGAUUUUAAUAAGUACAUAUCGGUAAGAAACUAAGAAAUUUGGAGAGAAAUUACACCAAUUGUAUUGUGUUUUUUGAGGAACGGCGAACAAUAUAAUAAUAUACGAUUAUCAGUUCGCAUGAAUAUUCCGUAAAUUUGCAAUGUACUUAGGUAUGCAAUAGUUAUUGUGCACAAUACUCUGUAGUCUAUGUAUGAUGGCGUUUGCGUGUGAAACAAAAUUGAUUAUUAUUAUAUUACUUAGUACCUAUGUAUCUGCUAUUGCGUGUCGCGGGGAAACGUAAUAAUUUUAUUACGAUAUGUGAGCACAAUUUUAUUUUUUGCUUUCUAACGGGACAGACGAAUACCUGACGGGAAGCGAAAAAAGUCUCCGUUGUUGCACGUGCGCUGUACAUUGGAAUUGUUUCGCACUUGGCUCCGAAAUAAAAUUUGGCUCGAGUACCACGCACGGGUGUUGCGCCGUCGUCGUACUGCCGGCCGUGGCCGACGUGUUCUCUAAAAAUAAUAUUCCCCUCGACUAUCCUGUGCCCUCGGCCGUGUUGUCGUCUCCUCUAUAAAUACGCGAUAUACGGCGACUUAAUAUAGUGUGUACCAAACGAUCGAGACGCUUAUUAACGUUCCAUAAUAUUUGAAACGAGCCACAGACGUUAAUGGAAUUCUCUGAACGUCUCUUUGAUUGCUUAUCUCAAGUUAAUAAUUAUUUUAUAUGGACAACAUGAUUUUAAUGAUAACAAUAAUAAACACUCGGUUAAGUGUUUUUCACUCUUGUUCCAAACUUAAUAUCACUCCAAAGAGUGUUAUAAGUGUAUACCAUGGUUAUCUAUGGUGGAUAAUCGUGGUGUUUACCUGAAAUUUCUACUAGCUAGUAAAUGAAAAACAGCCACGAGUUUAGAUAAAGCAAAUAGAAAAUGGAAAACUUGAUAAUAUUUCGAGAAGUUAUUAGUGCCUUAAGUGUAAAUCUAAACUUUAGUCGAUGGAAAUCCAUGGCAAGUAUAUAGGAAGGAGGGGGAACAGCAAAUUUGGUUUACGAUCAUUGAUUGACACCAUUAAAAUGUAUAAUGUUGAAUUGUGUGAUUAGAUAUCUACUUUAAGUGAAUUAAAUGCCAUAUUUGGCUAAUCAAAGGAUUCCGUUUGCGUCUGUGACCUGUUUCAAGUAGAGAACAUUAAUACGCGAUCGGGACACACGUAGUAUUGCAUGGAUUUUUAUUUUUAUUACACGAGUUGCAGACGGAUAUCCUGCCCAUGCCACUAAUAAUCACUAUAUAGGUGUGCUGCACUGUAUAGACCAAAUAGUCACGUAUAUGUGGACGUAACACAUUGUCUUGAUGAUGAAGACAUAUUUAUUCACUUCGGUUGUAUGUGCCAAAAAAAAAAAAAAAUAAUAAAAAAAAUAUUGACGUUCGAUUAUACUUACUAAUAAUAAUCACAGAAUAAUUAUUGUUGUGUGAUUUUAACCAUGUAACAUUGUAACUUAUAAGUAUACAUCGUAGGUUAUAUAUUCCUAUUAAUGAUGACGAGAAAUCCGAUUUUUUUCACAAGAUUUUCUUGUAAUUACUAGAAAAUUACGUAUUAUUUUCUAUGGAUAAUAUUAUGCAGUUGUUAUUCAACGCGGAAAAACAACAUGUACCUAUUAUGUCGAAAUUUUUACCUGCAAUCAUACUAAAAAUAUGUAAUUUCAACGUACGCAUAUCUCUGCAAUGCCUCAUUAUAUCUACAGUGGUAUAAUAAAUAAUGUACAACCAAUUAAAAAUUGUUGUGUUAGGUGUAUCUACAUAAUAAUAAUAUGUCAUCAAAUUGAAGUACCUAUAUAUCAAUAUCUAAUGUUGAAAUGCUUAAUACUGUAAUAUUUGCACUUGUAUUUUAAAUACCUGUAUUUUUUUACCAAUACGCGUAGACAAAAGAACACAAAAUAUUAGGUGAGUAAAAAUAUCUAUUUUUUUUUUUUUGAGAUUCCAAUUAUACCAAUGAAACUAUUAGUUUAGAAACUAAGAUUUGUGGUUUUUUUUCUCGGAAAACACUUUCGAUCAAUAAAAAUAUUUUGACUUUUUAAUGUCUACAUUUUACAAGUAGAUGCAGAUAUUUUUGACUGAUGGUACUUUAUUUGAAUGAUUUUUCAAAAUUCCCAGAACAUUGUAUAACAAUUGUUUUUUACGGGUUUUUUUUUACUUAAAAAUAUUUUCAUGGUUCAGCAAAUGUUCCACUUUCCACACGCAGUAUUUCAAAGGAUCCAGAAUUUCUGCCCAGUAGUAUUCAUUAUUUGAAAUAUUUAUCGACAUUUUUUGUAGUUCCACCCUAAGGUUAAUUUAAUUUAAAUUUUUUUUUUGGAAAAAGUAAAAUCACCACUAUUGCAGUUAAAAUCGUUUUUCGUUUACAUAACUUAUUGUUACAUAUAGUAUAUAAUCUAAAUUACCUGUAUAUCAUACUACCCAUCUAUAAUAAUGGCCUACCCGCGAACAGUAUCAACUUUUAAAAAAAAAACAUAUUUACAGGACGGUUUAUAGUAUAAUCAAUUAUUAUUCACCCAAUCAAUAUAUUUUUAACCUCUGUCCGCUUUAAAUGAUAUUAACUUCUGGGUUUCAAAUUAUUUUUAAUAUUUAUAUACGCGCUACUCGGAUACGUAUGUAAUAAAAUAUUAUUUUCGACCAAUGACUAAUGCGGUUAUAAUUAAUUGUGUGAUAAAUUUAAAUUUCAAAUGAACGAAUGAUGAAAAACAUUUUUAAAAUGUGCCUACCUAUAUUAUGUUCUUAGAUUAUACCCUAUUGUUCCUCUCCAAUUUAACCUUUAAAUUAUUAUAGUUAAUAAACCAUUUGUUAAUUGUCAAGGUGUAGUGUUUUAUUAAUAUAAACUUCUUUGAAUAAAAAAAACCAUAUGCCUCGUAUUCAAUUGAAGAGUAUAAUAAAUAUAUAUAUUUAUAUCAUAUAGGUACCUAUUUUAAUAAUAUUUCUAGAAAAUAACGUUUUUUUUAUAGGUUACAUUUUUUUGUUUUUAUACUAUUUAUUGUAACCUAUUUGAAUAUUAUUUAUAAAGUUAAUGUAAUUUAGUAUUAUAAUUUUAUGUGGGUAACUGAUUUAAAAUUUAAAAUUUAAAAAGUAAAUAUAUUUUCUACGUUUUAUUUUUAAACCUGUGUUUAACGACGCCAUAAUAUUAUGGUUUAUGACCGUAAAAGGUUACCAUGUAAAGCUAACUAGCUGGUAUGUUGAAUUUAAAAAUGUAAUAUUUAAUUUAAACAUUUUAUUAAACUUAAAUUAUGGAGGUUAAAAAUAACGAUUUUGAAUUAAUGUAUAGGUAGUUUUUAAACGCCUUUCCAAUGAUAAUAUCUAAAUAUGUAUAGGUAUAGUGAUGAUUCGCUUAUUUAAUUAUAAACGUUGGCGGAGGAACUAAGGGAGGAUUUGUCUCCAAAGCCUCUUUAAAAAUUGGUAUUUCAUAUAAUAAACCAGUCUUAAUGUAAUAUACGUAUAUAAGAAUUUUAAUUUCUUUCCUAAAAAUAAAAGUAUCAAAUCUCCGACUAUGUAUAAUAAGGUUAUUUAAUAUCAUAUAUUAUCUAAUAAAUUAUAACUAUUACGAGUAUAUAGAUAUCUAAAUAUUUGGUAAAACUUUGGAGGUAAUAUAUAACUUGUGUACCGUAUGUAGUUUUUAAAUUUUUAAAAAUACACGACUUUCAUUAAAAAAAGUUUAAAUUAUAAAUGUAUAAGUAUAUUGAAUCCAGACCUCACUAGCAGGGGAUGCAAGAGGGAGAGAGUUCAGUGCCGCAAUUAGAGGGGGGGGGUUAUUUUGGGUGUCUGGACAUUCCCCUACACAUCCAUGUCUAAGUAAUAUAAAUGCAUUAAAAAAAAUAUGAGCCCUAUAGAAUUUAAGUAGGAAACCACAUUGUCCUAUGUAAGUGACAAUUAUUUAUGGAUGUUAUUUGCUGGAAUAAUUUGAGGCCUCCGGGGAAAUUAUAUGACACUCCCCUUAAAAAAAUCCUAAUAGCGUCACUGAGAGGAAUUGUAACAAAAUUAAAUACUUAAUAAUUGACAAACCCGUCGCACAUAUUGACCCAUACAGAGCACAAAGCACAAUAUGAUCUCAUAUGGCAUACAUCAACGAUAGAUUCUUGUAAUAUAAUAAGAGUUUAUCUUAACCUAAAUAUACCGAAAAUAAAAUAACCUAAAUUGUCUAAUAUUUGCAAUUUUGAACUGUGUUUUAUAUAAAAUGAAUUAAGGAAAACAAUUUAGUAAUGUUUCUUUUUUUACUUUGUAGCUACUUAUCUUAUACUAAAUACAAGUAUAGAUAUUAUAUAUGUGUUAUUGAUGUUUUUGAGGGGAAGUUUUUUUUUUUUUCGUAAUGUAAAAUCAAUUGUAAAUAAAAAAAAACAUUUCGUGUCUACGGUGUAUUAUUGUAUACUGUAUAGUAGACAUAAUAUUUUGAGGAGUGAUUUGUCGACGCGAUUUUUUGUUGUUAUACAGGAAAUAUUGUCUAGGAAUUUCGAAAGGCGAUACACGUUAUCGCAUAUCGAAUAGUUUAUAAUAGAAGAUAUCAACAAAAUGUAUGAGGUGUAUUACGAUGGGUGUUAUGAAAAAAAAAAUUUACCGGAAAGGAUAUCGAGUAAUCGCGGAAAAGGAGGAGCCGUUAUAAAAAAUAUACAUUCUCGAUCGUUCGAAUAAAAUAGAACUUUUAUACCUAUACUGCAAGUAUUAUGGACGAAGUAAGAAAAAAUGUUAAAAAUGUACGUAUAAUAUUUAUUGGUAUGGGCUCCUCCGAAUGGUUUAUACUAGCGAUAGUUUUCAAUCAUUUGGAUGAACUAUUGAAUAUUUUUAUUCGGAAAAACCAUAAUUAUAUUAUUCCCCAUAUGGUUAUAACAUUUCUAUUUAAAAUAUUCGAAUGAAUGAAUAUUCUGUAUAGUUUUUUCCAUUACUGAAUAUAAACUAUGCGUUCUAUUUAAAUUAUCGUAUAGUUUUUAUCAAUCGGAUAGUUCGACCGUAUCUUUCACGAAUCGAUAUACCUAUUGCAAGUAUAUGGUGGACGAAGUUGGAAAAAUGUUAAAAAUGAAUACUGUGUGUGUACGAUACGUUAUAUUAAUUUGAACUAUUAAUUUAAAUUAUCUUUGUUAUAAUAUAUAAUUUAGACGCUAUACCAGUUACAGUUACCGAUUAUUAUAUGAAUGAGGCCACGUGCAGGAGGAGACGACCCUAAGUCGGUAGCAAUUAUCCUCAUCAGCGCGUUUCAUUAAACACAAUUAUUAUUACUGCUGCGGUGUUUCCUCCAUCAUAUCACGGAACCAAAAAACAACACCACCGUAUAUACAGAUACGCGCCGUAGCAAGCGAAUAGGAAAAAAAACUACCGCUAUACGUUUUUGUACACGUAAAAUAUGCGAGUAUUUUUCUUUUUUUUUCAAAAAUAAACCACAUUAAUCACUUAGAGUAUACUGUUAGUUAAAAAAAAAAAAAAAAUCACAUAUAUAAUAAUACAACUGCAGUCUGCGAGGCAAUUUGCCAAAUGAACGUGAAACGAUGACCUCCUCUUCCCCUGGCCCAUAUAUUGGAAGUUUACGCCCGACGUGUAUCCGUAUAUUAUAUGGGUUUUCUUCCCCCGCAGCCAAUUGAUUUUGAUUUAUUACUUCUAUUACACUUAGGUUUUUAAGUGCGCACGCGCGAUACCAUCAAUCCGAUAUUGGUGUUAUUAUUGAUUGAUACCCAUAUUGUUGUUUCUUUUAUUUAUAUAUUUUUAUUAGACGUGUAUCUCGUUUGGUGCCCGAAUGUCGUCGUCGCUCAACCCCGUAUAGUGGGUGUUAAUAAAUUACGUAUUUUUUUUUUCUUUUUGCACGAGACUCUCGUUUACAAUUCCUUGUCAUUAUCGUUUCAGCCAUAGUAUUGCUUUAUUAAGAUGUAUUUUGGCGAUGCGAUUUUUGGUUUAUGGUUUGCUGUUGUUUGCUAUUUGGUUGCAAUAUCGCCAAAACGUUUUGUUUACUGUACAGUAUUUUAUCAACGGGAAACCAAUAACUGAAGACAGUAAAAUGUAGUUUAUAAAUUUUUUUUUGUUGAUUCCGACAACCUGGUUGUCAGAAAAUGGAUUCAAACAAUUGCAGUGAACAAUGCCCCCAAAUCGAUUUGCUACAUCACGUUUUGAUGUUUGAUAAUUUGUGCAGGUUGUGUGUGACAAAACAUUUUGGUGGGUAAUAUUUUUGUUCAUUAUUAGGUAUUCACGAGUAGGUAUGUAUUAUAAUAAUAUAUACAUAUAAUCUGUUACAUUCUUGUUUUCCUAAUGUCUGCGCUUCACGUUCAUACGUAAAAACGCUCCGAACAAAUGUUUUUUGAAAACUAUUUCGUUGUGUUGAUCUGAUGACCGAUGCCAGUGGCGGAUUUAUAGGGGUGGUCCAGAGGGUCUGAACCCUCUUCUCUCCAGACACUGAUAUAAUUUCAAUAAAAUGUCGUCCAAAAAAAAAUCAUCUAUUAAUAGUGAUACCGUUUAAAUAUAUAUUAUUUUUCAGGAUCACUUCUAGAAAAAAAUUUUAAAAAUCCGUUACUGACUAAUUAAAUGUCGGUUUAUUCGUCGAUCGCGUCUUUUUGACCCGUGAAAACGUAAUGAUAUACUGAGAUCGUAUGGGCAUCCUGCAAAAAUGUUUUUUUUUUUCUGCCGAAACCCGCUAACAUUACAAUAUAAAUAAAAAUAGAAUCUUCUAAAAUAAUCUACUACGGUUCUCCGCCGAGAUAGUUUAGCAGUAGGUAAUUACAGCCAGUAUUGGUAGUUUCAGUAGUGGUUGACUGCGUUUUUCCUCGAUCAUCAUCCUCCUCCUCUUCCACCGCCGCCGCCGUCACCACCACCUCCGCGCUGCCUCAUCGCUUCGGCUAUCGCGUAUCAUCGUUUCACGGAUUUAUUUUUUGGAGUACGUGUAACUCAAGGUCGGAGGCAACGGCGACGGUGCUCAGUCGGUCGUUGUGCACGACUUGCGCUGAACGAAUAUUUUAUAGCAGCCAUUCCGCCCGCGCCGCCCCGCGUGAAUAAUAAUAGUAAUAACAAUAACGCGCCGUUUUGGCCAGCAUCAUCGCUGCUGAAUCUCGCGUCCGAGAACCGGAUUUCGGCUGCGCGCGCGGAUAUUAUCGACGAGGAAAAUGUAUUCUGUAUAAUAUAUUAUGUAUACGAUUAUUUUUUUUUUCUCCGUACGAGAACGAAUAAAAACGUCGUGCGCGGGCGACCGCCUGACGUCUGUAUACGUGGAAAUAUAUAAUAAUACCGCGCUCGUCGCAGUUACGAUGGGGAUACCAAGGCGGUUACCGAUGAUGAUAAUAAUAAUAAUAAUCGUGUUUUUUUUUCUUUUCUAUGUUUUUUUUUCCCAUCCAUCCGUCAAUUUAUUUAUAAAAAAAAAAAAAAAAUAAAAUAUGAAAAACCCGUGUGUUCCGGUCACGGCCGACCGACCGACCGGCUCGCUGGGGACGGUCCGGUAACAAUAAUUGCCACGGUCGUGGUGGUUACUGCUGCUGCUGCUGCGGCGGCGGAUCUGCUGCGGCUGUUAUUGUGUAUUUUCCGACUGACGAGCGUAGUUGUAAUGUAGUGUGGUGUCCAACGGAGCAGCGCGACACCGCCGCCGUGUAUCGCAUUUCGUAUAGGUGCGUUUUUAUGAAAAUGCGCUACGCCCGCGCGCCGCCGCCACGACAUAUAUUGUGGCGGCGGCCGACCGUGAGCGAUGGUUGCGUGCCGUAUUCCGAGCGGUGUCCGUUGUACGGCCGUACGGUUUUUCGACGCCGCCGUGAUUAUUAUGUUAUUGCAGUGUACGGUUAGCCGUCAUACGAAUAUACCAUUACGGGCGUCAUUAUUGCUGUCGUCGCCGCCGCAUUACAUUGUUAUUGUUUUAAUAUUGUGAUAUUGCAAUAAUUAUGGUGACGUUACGAACCCGGUUCUGUUUUAUAGGACGAACCGAACUUUUCCCGGAAAAAAAUAAAAAAUUAACCAACUCGAACAGUAUAUUCAAAACCGAAACGAAAAUCCAAAUAUAAGAUUGUCAAAAUUCGAAAUAAACUAACGUGGUUACUCACCUGCAUACUUUUGCACGGUUCGGAGACCGUUAUUUUGCGAUUCGACGGUCGAAGUUAAUGAUAUAUAUAUAUAUAUAUAUAUAUAUGUAAAUAAACCAAAAUAAAUCCCAUUGAAUUUUCGUGUUUUCAGCGGUGGUUAAAGUGGGAUAAACUUCGAAGGCGGGGACUAUAUAUUUUCCAAAAAUAGUGAGGGAAGUUCUAAAGAACUAAAUAAACCCAACUAAACUUUUAGGAAACCUACCACGGAGACUAGACUUUCAACACGUUUUUCACCCAUGCUCAUUUAUUCAUAAAAAGUGUUGUGCUAAAAGGGGCUUAAAAUAGACUGCGACCUCCGAAAUAAUAUCAUCCACGUAUAACUUGCUCAGUAAAAUUAAAGUAAAACGGAGUCCGAUUAUGUAUAAUCCAAUAGGCAUUAAAUAAUUUAUUUUAAUUAAAACGUAUUUAAUUUUUAAAAUUUCAUUAAAAAUACUUCAGUGACAACCACUAUUGCGUGGCCCUGAACUUCGAAACUUUAAUCUAAAGUGAAAGGAUAAUUUUACCUUAAAUAAAAAGGGUUACUCUGUUCCCCGUUGUCCUCCCACUGUAAUCCACUGUAAUUCCAUUGGCGGAUACAGGGGGGACGAUCGCCUGUCGCCUCCCGUCCUUUGCCGUGUUUUCCCAUUAAUACUAAAACCUACCUAAUAUUAUAUUUCACAAUUGUUUAUAUAAUUUAUAUACAUAUGCAUAUAUUUUUUUUAUUAUAAUCCACCCCCACCUGAUCAUAGAGAAAAUCGAACAGUUGAUGAACAUACAACUAAUGUUGUACAAAAAUGUUUAAAUGAAUCUUCGAUUAACAGUAAACUAAAUACGGUCAUAAUAAUAGCGAUCGAUAUUUUCUCGAUUGAUUCGCUCGCGGAGGUAUUGAAUGAUUAUUUUUUUGUAAUUCCAUUUUAACACGCAUCAUUCGUUUGUUAGGAGAGGUUGGUUUGGGUUGGGUAGAGAUUAACGUUGUUUAAUUUUUUUUUUUUUUUUUUUUUUUUUGUAUUUUAUUGUAAUAAUAUAUAAUUGGUUUUGCGCAGUAUUCAGUUAAAAAUAAUUUGUUAAAACACCUUGUUAUGCACGUUCGUGUGAAACUUCAUUGAAUAAUGAAUAACAGUUCCUUGACGUGCAUAUACUUUAAUUAUUAAUUGCACGAAGUUAUAGUUUAAAUUGCGUUCGUUUGAUUUAAUUUUUGAAUUUGUAUAAUCGUUAAACUUUUUGCGAUUCACGUAUAUAAUAUAUUAAAUUUUCCUAAUGAAUAAUUGAUAGGAAUCAGUAAUAAUAACUAGUUGUAGGUAGCGUUAAUAUUUUUUUAUUGAGUUCUUUAUGUUGUUGCGCGAUAGGGAAAAUUGUGUAAUAUUUUAGAAUAUUUACAGUUUUAAUGGCCUCUUAAAUGACAUCAUUAGUUAAUUAACUCUCAAUUAUUGUAGCACGUAUCUUAUAUUUUUUUUUCAGUUAAUUAUAUUUAAUUUAAACCAAAUAUGUGUAUUUAAGUUAAAUAGAAAAUGGUUUUAAGAGGAAGUUAUAUACAUUAUACAUACACCCGUAUUUGCCAUGUCGAUCAAACUACCGGCAACACAGGGAACAUGUAGUCAGUAUUGCCACCUUUUUGUUUUCAAAAUAAAAUAAAUUUUUUUUUUUUUUUUUUUUUUGAAAUUCCCAUAUAAGCUCAAUUUUUUUUGAAAUUUUUUGGAUUUAAAACCAUUCAACUUUAAUGAAAUGUAUUAGUAUACACAAGUGAAAAAAAUUACGAGUGGUAGCCGUGCAUUUGCUGCAGGCGUUUAGAUUUAAAUUAGACAUGUUUUGUGUAAACAGAUAAUACAAUAAUUUAAAGAGGAGAAUAUUUUCGAGGGCAAUAGUAUAAUAUGAUGUAGUUUUUUAAAAAUAUUAUCAAAUAAAAAUUACAGCCAUCAUGUUAGUUUUUGCUUUUUUCAAAUAGUUGUCACCUUUGUUUAACAAUAUUUGCGAUAAACCGUGAGAUCACCGUCCAAUCUUUUUUUUUUUCUUUAAUUUCUGUUAUAACUUUCAACCGUAAAACGCGCGAUAUCUCGUAUAUAAUUGCAUGUUACGUAGAUAUUUCCAUAAUAAUUUAUUAUGAGUCAUAGUUGUAAAAUUAGGUUAACGUUGAUCUAUUGUGAAAGUUUUCAGUAAAAGUAUUUUUGGUGUUAACCUACUAUACGAGUAUAAAUAUGGUUUGAAUAUUAAGUAAUGAAUAUUAUGCAAUUUAAUUUUGCUAUAUAAUUUAAAUAGUUUUUUGUUUUAAAAAAACAUUCAUUUUUCACUCGCGUAUACGCGGAAAAUAAUGUUGGUUUUUAAAGCAGUCGUAUUACACGAUAAUAUUUUGCGUUUUAAAAAUUCGGAUUUUUUUUUCAAAAAUUACUACCUAUAUAGUGUUAAUUAAGAUUAAAAAAUAAUAAUACUAAUUUAAAAUGUAUACAAUUUUAUUUUAUUGAGAUACUUGCAAAGCUGGACAAUUAAAAAUUAAAAAUGACUUCGAGUAACUCAAUUAAGUUACAUAUUUACUGGGAAAUAAUAAUUUAGUUUAUAAGGUGACUGUAUUUAUUUUAGUUGAUUUAGACACAAAAGCCAGACAAAACUGUAGGGAUUAUAUUUGACAGAUUUCAAUUUUUAAAACGGAUUAUGAUUAUUUAAACUCUUUACUAUGUUAUGUUAUUAAUAAAAAUUUUAUUUUAUAAAUGGAAAUCUUUUGCUUCUUACUGUUAGUAAAAUUAAUUAAAAUUAAAAAAAAUAAUUCCAACUUAUUCUAGUUAAGAUCCUAACGAAUAAUGUCACGUUUUGAAAAUAGAAAUCCGUAAAAACGACAAUAACCUUUCCCCUAAAAAUUGAUAUUGGUCAGUAGAUUAGUGGAAAAGUUUUAUCAAUGUGAUGGUUUUUGAAAUCGAAUAAAAAAUUUUAAAUUGGAGUAAUUUAAGUUAAAAGUUACUUUCAUAAAAUUACCCUUUGUUAUAAUAUUACACUUAUAAACGUAUUUCGUAUCUUCUCUAUACGUGUAUAGACUUGCGGUUAUAUCCCAUAUCCUUGCAUAAGUCGCAUGUCCGUUUUGUGAUCGUGUUUUAAAGCGCACAAUGUAUUUCGUACUAGGUGUUUUCGAUGCCCGAAAUCGACAUAAAUAGUGGAGCGAGCUAAGCCACUCAACAAUUUGGGAUUUUAUAUUCAUCGCUAGGAUUCUUUUCUUUAAAAUGUUUGUUUUAUUUUUCGUCCAAAUCGAUAAAGGAUCGACGAGGAUCCGCAUAUAGCUCCUCCCCCAAGUUGAAAACUAUAUUUACGACUAAGUAUAGUAUGUCGAAUAUGUUUUUCGGCCGCAUUAAGAUAAUUUUUUUUUUGUUUAAUCUUUUAUCGUAUGAUCUAUAAUAUUUAAAACACUCGUUUAUUGUUUUAUUAAUAUAUACUCCCUCGCUUAUUUAAAAAUACAGCGUUACUUCCGGCGUUUAAAUUGGAUGUGGUAAAAAUUUUUUUUUUAGCAAUUAUAUUUCAUGGUCGUCAUCCGAAUUUGUAUACAAACAACAUCAAUAUGCAAUGUUCUUAUACAUUUUUUUUUUCAUCACACAUCGAAUGGCCGAAUUGUAGUUAGGUACUGUAAUUUAACGCUUUUGCCGUUCCUAUAUAUGCAUAUAAUAUAUUUAUUUGUAUAAAUAAAUAGUAUUCUUAUAUACACACAAAAUUUAAUUAUACGUGUAAAAUGUUAUUUUACGAAUACCGAGCACAUAAUAUAAACGUAUACAGGGCGAUCAAUAUGAUGAAAUUGACUCUCAUUAUCUCGGAAAGUAUUCUAUGAACUUUUCAGCAUUUUUGUAUUGGACAAUUAAAGAAAUAAGCAACUAUUAAGCGUUAUAUAGCCCUUAUUUUUUGUCACCCUCAUAUUUGGGGGUAAACCAUAAUAUCACAUUUUGAUUUUCAAAUGAAAAUUUAUAUCAAAAAUCAUUUGAGUAUUACAAUGUGGUGUAAUGUUAUAUUUCUGUUAUAGUUAAUGUUUCUUAAUUUUUUUUUUUUUUUUUUUAAAUCCAUAAAAAGUAAAUUAUUAUUUUCCUAAUUAACGAGGUACCAUCCUGUAUGUAGACACUUUGAGUAUUUUAACGUGAAUAUAAUUACUUAAUACCUGUGUGUGUGUUAUUGACUUAUUGUGAUGUCUUCUAUGUACGUGUACAUACUUAGUGAUGAUUAUUACUGUCCAUAGUAUGUAACAUCGACAGCAGCACCCGUAAAGUCAAUUAGGUAAUGUGCCGCGGCUAUGUGUGAAUUUAAGUCGGAAUUUGUGUAAUAUAUUCCAUGUUUUUAAAACGACAUAUCAAAAAAAAACUGUUGACAGCAUCAGCUGUACGUGCGGCGAGGAGAGGACAUGAUGUUCACGCCUAUACAAAAACUCAAACCACACGAGUGUACAGUUCUAAAGAUAUCUCGAUUCAUCGUGUUUGUCUAAAUAUAUUAUAUUAUGAGAGGCAAAGAAAUUACCAGCUAGAAUGAGCUUUGCUUUUUUUUAUUCAUAUUCUAUAACUAUAAAACACUACGGCGUGAAAUCGUAGUAUUUUAGUGUCGUGUAUCGUUCAUUUGCUCCUCGACAAUAUUUAUGCUACGUGGAGUGUGUGCACAGUACAUUAUAAUAUGAUCGUAUGUUGGACAUUUUCCGUAAUUAUCUUGCAUAUAAAAUUGAAAUUCUGUCCGUUCGUCCUGUCAGUUAUACAAGUCUACAGUUUUAUUCCGAUCAUCAUGAAACUUUGCAUACUCGACAUUUAAAACAAGACCAAAGUCGUUGUCUACUUCUAUCUCGAAAUUCGAUCCCUAAAUGGUGGUUGAUUCAGGUAGUGUUUUUGAUAUUUUUGGAACGAACAUUUAUUUAUGGGUUGCCUUGACGACACGGGUGAAAAAAACUGAUCAAUAUUAUUAGCGUGAUUGUCGCAGACUAUGUAGGAAGUAACAAUUUUAAAAGAUAUAAAUUGCUGAGCAACAAUGAUAAAUUGCGAUAUGGUUAUCCACGGUUAAUAAACGAAAAGACACGUAAAAUUGAAUUUCUUUUAUUGAUGUCUGUUUUUGAAAGGAUUGAGCCCGGUAAAUAUCGGGUAACUCAGUUAUUUCUAUAAUAAUAACAAUAAUUAUACAAUUAAAUUAUCUCGGUACACGUGUAUGUUUAUUUGUAUACUGUAUAUUAUAAUUAAUUGAUUUACUAUAUAUACAUACGUUUUAUAAAUCAUCGUUUAGUCGAUAAAUGUAUGUUUUACAAACAAAAACCAGAAUGUUUGUUAAUCAAAUGAUUGUAUGUACCGCCGCCGGCCACAAAUACUGCGAGUCCCUUUUAUUUUGGCCAAAUGUUGUUCUCUUCUGGUCGUGCUACAGUAGCAUAGUGUAGGAAUUUUGGCCGUAUUUCAAAAAAUGUCUAUGUUUAUUCGGUUGGUUGACUAGAUAGUGUUAAAUAAACGUUUAUAAAUUUCGUAAAAAAAUAUCAGUAUAUAUACCUAUAUGAUUAUUUUAAUAUAACGAAACUUGGAAAAUCGUACCAUUUAUUUAACUGGAGUGUUUAUUUUUGUUUACAGGCAAAACUUAUUGCAGCGGUUGCAAGAAAAAGUGUUCCGGAGAAGUGUUGAAAAUUAAAGGCGACAAAUAUUUCCACAUCGAAUGUUUUAAAUGCACGGGUAAGUUCACGUUGUAUACCUAUUAUAUUAAGUACUUCUAUUACUAUAAUAGAGUUUACUGUAAAAAUAUGUGAGUUAAUCGUUGUCGUGUGCAAUAAAAAUUUUCGAACAACACUUAAAAAUAUUAUAACUUUAAAGUUUACAUAAGGGUUAUCAAUAAUAAUUGUACAAAGAAUUUAAAAUAUUCUAAGAAAAAACGGGUUAGCACUUAAAUUAUGUUGAAUAUUUUUAGGCGAAGUUUACAAUGUAAGGUGUGCACUCGAGAUAGUAAUAUUUUAUAUGAUAUUUAUAUUAUAUUAUUGAAAUUUAUAAUAAUUAAUGUUUCAAAACAUUUAUUUUAACUAUUCUGUUAGAUUUUUUUUUUAAAACACUUAUAAUUAGUCCUCCGCCUUUAAUUACAAUGGCUACAAAACAAAUUGCAUUAUGUCUCUUCGUAUUCGCCUAAUGACAUGCAAAUCUCCAGAGCUUAAUACAACUUUUCAACAAUACAUCAAUAUAUAUUACUAUAAUAUAUUGGAUACGAGGAUAAUAGAUAUGUUAUAAUACGUCAUCAGAGUCAGUUUUAAGGUGAUUGGCCAUGGCUAGCACAUCACAAUGUAUGUACACUUACUGCAACAAUUCCACUGUCGCUAUCAAUCAAGAGUACAAUGACAUGAGUAGGCUUAUUGUUGUCAGGCAUACAUAAUUGUUAUAAAAUUCCAUUUGUAGCAUGAUGAAGAGCAUAAUAUUAUUUAAUUGUAAAUUUAAAACUCAUAAAAACAUGCUACCUACCUAUUAGUUUACAAUUAUGUGUUAUUUAUAGAUUGCAACCGGUCAUUGGUCCAAGGAUUAUUUUUUUCUGAAGAGGGUAAUUGGUAUUGUCCCGAUGAUUAUCAAAAAUUAUUUGGCAAAAAAUGCACCGUAUGCAAUGAUUACAUAAAAGACGAAUUAGUCAUUGUUUUGGGAUUGACUUACCAUCAACAGUGCUUUACAUGUUCCCAUUGCAGGUAAUAUGAUAACUAAAUUUAAAUAUUCUAGGUUAGUCUAUUAGGUUUAGUUUUAAUACCUUAGAUAGAUAAACUCUGUAGUUUAUAAUGAUAUAUAGUUUAAUAAGUGUUUAAUAUGAAAGAUAAGAAAUUAAUUGUAUGCUACUUAAAAUUAGAUUGCAUUUAUUUUCUAAAUUUCAAACACUUAUGAAAUAUAAAUGAUACAUUGUGUGCUAUGUUCUGUGUAUUCAAAUUGUCUGAACAAUAUUCUGUUUGGUACAUACAUUUUAAAAUAAACUUAUUAAAAACCUAUAUUAACAAGAAAUUAUGUUAUUGUAGACAACCUUGUCCAAAAGGAGAUCUAGUCACAUAUGUUGGAAAUUCUAUUCUUUGCUCCAAAUGCAAGGAAAUUCCAGUUAAACGACCUGCGUCUGCCCAAUCAAAACAAAAUAGCACGGGUGAAACUGGUAUAUAUACUAGUUUAUCUUGAGAUAAUAAAAUAACAUUUUUGAAUAAUAUUUUUUAAUUCAAAAAUCUGGAUUUUAGAUUGUGCUCAAUGUGGUGAAGAUUUAAGAAAUGGACAAGCAUUGUAUGCUUUGGAUAGACAAUGGCAUAUCUAUUGCUUCAAAUGCCAUGAAUGUUCUGCUGUACUUCAUGGCGAAUAUAUGGGAAGGUGUGUAUUUCACAAUAUUGAUAGUCAAUUUUUACAGUUUAUAUAAUUACUAGAUUUUAAAUAAUUUGGUCUAAUAAUAAGCUAAUAUUUAUUUGUAUAAUAAUUUAAAAUUUGUUUUUUUUUUUAAAUUGAACUUGCCUAUUAUAGCAAUAUGUUAUGAUAAUAAUUUGUGGAAUUUCAGGGAUGGUGUUCCUUAUUGUGAAAAAGAUUAUCAAAAACUUUUUGGUGUCAAAUGUACAUAUUGCAAUAGAUUUAUAUCUGGAAAAGUUUUGCAAGUAUGAAUUGUUAUUUAUUAAUUGAAUAUAAUCUAUAAUUUUAUAUUAAUUUCAUAGGUAUAAUAACAUAAAUUUUAUUUUAGGCUGGUGAUAAUCAUCACUUUCAUCCAACAUGUGCAAGAUGUGCUAAAUGUGGUGAUCCAUUUGGAGAUGGUGAAGAAAUGUAUUUACAAGGUAAUGACAAGUUUAAAUAGUUUAAAUAAUUUGAUUUUAUUUAGGUAAUGAAAUAAUUAUAGCUGAAUAGAACUAAUAAAUCAAAAUGUUUGUUUAGUGAAUAUUUCAUGUUGUACUAUUCAGAGUUAAUUUGACAAAAUUUAAAAUACGUGACACACCUUAUAUAUUCGUAUAUUCAUUUGUUGUUAAAACUAAUGCAUUUUAAAUAUUUUAUAGGAGGAGCAAUUUGGCAUCCGCGUUGUGGCCCUAGUCCGAAUGAAAAUGGCACUAUAAUAAAUGGAGGUAACUAAAAUUUAGUAAACAAAAUGUAAAAUAACACUUGCCAUUACACCUAAUUGACCCUCAAUCAUCAUUAUAACACUUUAUUAUCACUAAUUUAGUGCUUUUCACUGUUUCGCUGUUUCUGAAUUUCCAUUGUACUUAAACUUUUGUUUAGAGUUUGCUAAGUACAAAAAUGAAAUUAUUUUGUUUAUCUAUUAGACCAUUAUAUUUACUUUACAAAUACCAACAAUGGGUUUUAAUUGUUUAGGCUUGGGUGUAUCACCUGUAUUAUAUUGAGAAAUUACUAUCAAUUUUAUUUUCAUUACAUUGCCCAAAUAACUGAAUAAUUUGAGUAAAAAAAAAAAAAAAAAAAUGUAAUCUUUGAUAUAAGUGAUAUUACCCAAACCAGAAUAAUUACAUAGUUUCAACAUUCUCCAUAUUUAUCUUACUGAUACAACUUGUAAGCAUAUAUAUUUUACAUAAAUAUGUGUGUUGUCAUAGGAUCAAGUGCCAUGCUUAACGGACAUGACCCUGAAGAAUAUGAUAGAAUCAGUUGCUCAGCUGCUAGUGAAACACAGGUAACAUUCUUAAAACUACUUACAGCUUAAUAUUUUCAAUUUUUUUCCUGUAGUGUUUAUACAAGUUAAUAUUUUCGAAUGUAAGGAUUUCAUAUUGCUCAUGCAAUUUUUUUUAUAUUAUUUAUUUUUAAUUUAGUGUGUUAAUUAUUAUUUUAUUAGUAGAUAUCUAGAUGUAUAUAAAGAUAUUUGCAAUCUAUAAAUUAUCAUAUGUAUAUUAAUUUUAGUUUCAGCAAUUUUUUUUUUUUUUUAUUAUUAUUAUUAUAUUUUUAUUGCACAUCAAGCAUUUAUUUAUUAUUUUAGUAGACUUUUUUUAGAUGCUUUUAUUUAGUUUGUGUAUUUCCAGUUUUCAUUACGAUCACGAUCUCGUGCUUCAAGCUUUAAUGGUUCAUGUUAUAAUGGUUCAUGUAAUAGUAUGAGUAGAAAGGUUAGUACUACACAAUCAAUUUUGCUUCGUAAUAUAAUUGUACAGUUGUAUUAAAUCAUAAUUUAUUAAAUUUGUGAUUAUUAAUUGAUUUAUCUAGUUAUUUAAAUACAAUUUUUUUUUUAAUAUAUUUGAAUUUAAUAGCAUUAUUAUCGUGAUAUUCCUGGAAGCCCUGGAUUGUUACUCCGGGAGUAUAAAACGCCUAAUGCACCCAUAAGCCGUAUCUAUACAUAUAGUUACUUAACCGAAGAGCCAACUCAAGGAUAUUUAAAACGCCCGAUAGAUCCAUACGAUAAACAACCCACAUCACCUCAUUUCCACAGACCAACAUGUAAGAUUUAUUUAUUUUUUAUUGUUUAAAAUAAACUUAUAUGCAUAUUGCAUGUUUUAUAUAAAUAGUUUUUUCAGCAUGUGGUAGUGUACGUGGCAGUAGUAAGUGUUCAACUUUACGUUCGGCUGGUAGUCGUUCCGGUAUGAAAGCUUUGGUAGACAGUAUACGAUCGGAGACCCCUAGACCAAAAUCACCACAUAGUAUGAAUAAUGAAGAACCUAUAGAAUUAGCUCACUAUCCCGCUGCUAAGCCACCAGCACCCGGCGAAAAACCAAAGAUCGAAAGGGACGAUUUUCCCGCACCGCCGUGUCCUUAUACUGAUCCAGGUGAAUAUUUAAUUAUUAAAAUUAAAUUAAUAACCUUUAUAACAGUGUUUUACUCGCUUAGAAAAACGUAAAAUGUGGUUUGACAAUUAUAAGGGUAUAUCUGAUGAUGAGGAUGAAGUAGAUCAAAAAAUGAAUGCUGAUAAAGGAAUUGACCCUAAACUAAAAGUAUGUUACUAGCACUGAAAUGUACUUAAAUUUAAAUUGUUUUUAAUUUCAUAUUAUUUUUAUGUAGAAAGAAGAGGAAGAACUAAGUAAAUUGGGAUCAGGAAUUGGAAAAGUAUUUUUGCAAGAAGUUCGGGAACGUGAAAAACAUCAAAAAUGGAAAGUUUCACACAUGGAUCCUCGUAAUGCUUCGAGAUGUCCUUCUGCUGCACGAGAACCAGCUUAUCGGCUUAGAUAUCAGUCACCAAUAAAUGCUUGUAAAUAAAUUUCAAUGAAAAUCUUAUGUUUCAUAGGUUUCAUAUUAUUUUACUCCAUCAUUGUGUAAACUGUUGAGUAAACAAAAACACGUUUUUGAGUGUAUUGUUCCCAAUAUCUUGCACAGAAAUGAUACUUAUUACUGGAGUAAUACUAAAUUGUUGUAUUUAAUUCUAUACAGCGCCAUCCCGUAAUUUGGACCAUUAGAGACCUUGGGAAGAAGAAGGUUACUUAGAUUCGAGUUACAGAUCAUCAGUCGGACAGUCUACAGGUGCCAUUCCCAGUUACAAUAGUAAGUUUUACAGUAAACUACUAUUUUACUUUUCAUAAUAUCUACAUAGACAAUUUAUGUAAAUUAAAUAAUAUGUAUAAUAUUAACUUAUAUUAUACAUAUUAUACAUUAAUUUAUAUUCAAUUAAAGCCGACCUUCUGACUAUAAUAUUAACAACAAUUAUUUUUAACUAUUAAUAUAUCAUAUAUUUGUUAUUAAUAUUAUUAUUAAUUUUAUUUCUUUAUAUAUCAAAACAUAAAACAAGUGUCUCAUUUAAUUUUAAAACAAAAUGUAAGUUUUAAUUAAUAACAUAAUUUUUCAUGAAAUAACUUUUAGAAUAAGUAAUAUUUCAUUGACAUUACUUUUGUUUAAACUUUUUAUUUUUUAUUUUCACGUUGCUUUCUAUUUUAUUUUACCCAUUUUUUAUAGUUAUUCUCAAUAAAUUAUUUUACUAAACUGUAUUGAUAAUAUUUUUGUUUUGCUUUUCUAUCUAAUUAGUUAUUACUUGUCUUUAUUUUUGUACACUUGUAUUAUUAUUGUUUUGCAUAUUUAGUAUUGUGUGUGGUAAUUUAAUGGGUUAAAUAUCUUUAGUAUUUCCCAAUUUCCUAUACAUCUUGAUAACAAAGAAGUUAAUUUUAACCACAUAAUUAGUACAUUGAAUUAUUAAAACCAAACUAAUUAAAUACUUCUUGACUAAAUAUUAAAAAUAAUUAUGAUUGAAGUAAUUAAUUCAAUUUUUCAAAUAGUCAAUUAGGCAAUAAACUAACAUACUGUUUGAUUUAUUAAUUAACUAUACAAUUUUACUCUUAGUACAUAUUUAAUAUUUGUUAAUAUUUUUGUUAUUUAUAAAUACUCUUACAAAAGUAUUUUAUUGAAUUAACAUAGUUUUUAAGUAUUAUUUCAUAGAUAUUAUUUUUCAAUUUAUUAGUAUCUAACACAUUUUACCGCUUGCUUUAAAAGUUUUCUUAAUUUUAGUUCAUUGAUAGAAAUAUAUAUAUAUAUAUUUUAAUAAAGAAACACAUUUUAAAUAAUAUGUAUUGUUAUAUAAAAGUAAAGAAGUCUAAAAUAUAUAACAUAGAUCUCCAUUAUUUUUUAAAUUUAAAACAAUAAAAUUAUAUUAUUAUUUUUUAAAAUGUCUUAACAAGUUAAUUCAACCUGAUUUUCCAAACAAUUUUGUUUUUUUUAAGUGUCACUUAAUUCAUUAAAAAAAAAAUUUGUAUGACAUUGCAUAUCAUUUCAGUAGUUGCCUUGGUUUUAAUAUUUGUACUGCAUUUUUUAAUCUGUGUUAUAAUAGUAUAAACAUAAAACACAAUUUGUCUAAUAUUAAAUGUUUGUAUUAAUUGUUGCUUGGCAUUAUUUGUUUGUUUUUGUUGCAUGGUGUGUUAUUUGUUUGUAGUGUACUAUCAUGGUCAUCAUGGGUCGGCUAUAAUGAUGAGGGCUGGCCGCAAGUCGUGCACUCUUCCAGCCGGCUUCCACGGUGGCCCUGGAAAUUAUGUUCGGGUAAGUAAUACGUAGCCAUUGUUUUUCUGUUCUUAUGUUCACAGUCGUAAGUGCACUACGUCACGUACCCAAACCCGGCUAUGGCUUGGCGCCUAGUCGACGGUCAAAUACUUUCAGCUCAGCCUACUACGUCAAAAACCCUUUGGUAUGAUGAGCAAUUUGUUUAUAUUUUGUAUUAUGCCUCAGAAGUAACGCUCUAAAUUUCCAAUCAUGCAACAUGUGAUAUUUAUGAAUAUCAAAAUAGUCACCACAUUCAUUUAUUAACUAUUCAAUAGUAUCAAAUUUUUUUUUAAAAAAAAUACAAUCUUUAUUUAUUCAUACAAUUCGUAUUAAAUUUAUAAGUUAUUCAAAAUUUAAUUCUUAAUUUUUCAAUCAAAUAUUAUCUAAUUUUAUUUUAUAUUUUUAGGAUGGGUUUUCCAUUAACGGCUUAGACAAUAAAACACUUAGCACAGAUUUUAACUGCGCUAGGUCUGACGGUAAGUGCUUAUUAGUUUAUUAAAUAUUAAAUUCUACACCUAAUUCAUUACUAUUUCGGUGUAUAUAGUUUUUACUUAUUUGAUGGUGAUUACUUGAUAUUGUAUUAGAAAAUGGUUUGUUUUUUUUUUUACAUUUUAUUUUAGAUACAAAACAAUAUCAGUAUUAUUAUUUUUUGCCCAAUCCUACUAUAAAGCUUUUACAAAAUGCAGUGCAUGUAAGCAAAAGCAUAUACAUAUACAAGCAAAAGCUUUUUUUUUUUAUUCAAUAUUUUUAAUUUCACUAAGCUAGAAUAAUAUCUCAUAUUUGUUAUAAAAAUUAAAUAUUAUGUUAGGUUUAAAAUUAGCUAGUCAAGGUUCAGGCUUUAAUAAUAUUUAAUUGUAUAUUCCAAAAAUAUUUUAAGGUUUUAGGGAUAUUAAAUAAAAUAGGGAAAUAGGUUGAUAAGGUUUUUUAUAAUAUAUAUAUCAUAUUUAUAAGAAGCUUUUAUUUUAUAUUUUAACAUGACUCCAGAAACAUGUAUAAACAUUUUACUUAUUGUUUGCGCCUACAAUUUUAAUUUAUACAUAUAUGCAAAACAAGGAAAGUAAUAUUCAGACAAAUAAAUGAGUAGAGUUUUAUUAAAACUCUGAUUUGUUUUCAAACAAGUUGUGACGAAUCCAGUUUUAAGGUCUCUAUGUACUUUAUAAUUUGUAAUAUUAAAUGAAUUUUAUUUAUUUGAAGUUAUUUAAAAUUAAAAGUUGUAAAAGUGUAAUGAAUUAUAUUUAUCAGUAUAAAUUAUUCAUUGCAGUUUUAUACAAUGUUUUUAUAGGUAUAAAAAUUUUUAAUGUUUAAUUUAUUUACGCAUCCAAUAUAUUAUAAACUGAGGGGCAGAAGUUGUCUCAUGGCACUCAGCUAACCCUUUGAUAGCCAAUGUAACUAAUAUAUACUAUAUUUAAAAUAACUGUUUUUAUUUUAAUGGUAAAAAGAAAAAAUUGUAUUUAAAUUUAAAUUUCUACUAUUUGAAAGUAUAGUAGCAGCAUAUUUUUGUAGUUUUUCUUGUAUAUUUUUUCAAUUUUUUAUAAGAAUAAUAAUAACUACUGUUUCAAUAUUAUUUAUGUAAAUAUCUUUGGCAAACAAUAAGUAAUAAUAUAUAUUAUAAUGCUGCCUGAUGACAUGUAGGAAAAAUAAAUGCGUGCUUAUACUAAUCUUGCUUGUCUGUUUUGGUGCAGUUUCUGCCGGAUCUAUAUCUGAAGUGGAUCAAGGCAACACGGUACGUAGACUUAAAAAUGUGGGAUCACAUUCUAAUCUGUUUUUUUUCUUCAAAUUAAAAUGUAUAUUUAAUACAAUCAAAAUUCUUCAGAACUAAGCUAUUCUCAAAUAAUGCUUGCUAUUUUAUCUUUAUCUAUUAAUGAUAAUGUUAAACCUGUCAUAUAUUUGUUAUGAAUAUAAUUAAUUUGAUUUUGUAAUUAUGUGUAUAGUGUUCUGAAAUACCAGCAUCAUCUACAUUUACCGGAUCGUUACGCUAUGUCACUAAUAUUCAUCGUUCACUACCUAACAUGUCUUCGUCGCACCACAGCUCUGAACCUCCAAAAAUCUAUCCAUAUCACUUGUUACUCAUUACAAAUUACAGGCUGCCUUCGGACGUUGAUAGAUGUAACCUUGAAGUAAGUUCUUCAUAAUUAUUAUUUCUUUGUAGGUAUAUAUUUAAACCAAAUCCAUAUUUCAUGUAUACGUAUUUAUUUUGCAAGUGUGUAGUUCACUAUUAAAUUAAGUGGUAUUUUAGAGAUCAGUUAUUAUUGACAAUUAUAAUAUUUUUGUUUUUAUUGAUUUAAACACUUCAGAUUAGUUGAUAAAAAUUAGAAUUUUAGAUGCAAAUACUCUUUAUAAUAAAUGUACUUGGAUUAAUUUAGGACUAAUCUCUGAUUAAAAUAAUUAUAUUCUUUCUUUCAAAUUAUCCUAAAUUUAAAAUAAAUAUAUUUAAAUAUACAGUUGUCAAUUAGUUUAGACCAGAAUUUAUCUAUUUAAAGUAAUGUAACUUGUUUUUCUUUUACUUUGAAAAUAUAAUUAUACAGGGGUCAUAAGACUCUGUAUUUAACAAAUGUAAUAACUUUUUUUUAUUACAUAUUUUCAAGUUGUUUUGUAAUAUUUACUAAAGCUCUGUGUUAUAAUUUUUAUUUUAUAAAUUUACAACAAAAAAUAAAAAAUUUACAUUUUUUUAUGAUAUAAAAUAGUUGUUUAACAAACUGUUAUUGUUUAAACUAUUAGGUUACGUCACUAACUUUUAAAGUUUGUUAAAAUACAAAUUAAUUUCCUGUUAAUUUUAUUAACAAUCAAUAAAUAGCACUCUUCAGGCUUACAAUUUAAAUUAAAAUGUAUUAUCUAAUGUAUUAGUGUAUUAUCAAAUUGUAAUCAUUAAUUAAUGUAAAUUCUUAUAAAUCAAAUUAACCAUUUUAAAUUUUAAGCAUUAAAAAAAUAUCAUAUUUCACACAAAUAUAAAAAUUAUUGAGAAAAAAAAAAUUAACUUAGUUAAAGUUUUUGAAUCAACAUUUUUCUAGAAAUAAGAUUUUCAAAAUAGCUAUCUUUAUUUUCUUUUUAAAAUUUUAAAUACAAUUUUACAUUUUUAUUUCAAAUUCUUAAACAUUAAAAUUUAACUAAAAAAUAUUGAAAUUAUAGCACCAAUAGGUAAUAUAAUUUUUUUUUAAAAAAAAUGUUUAAAAUAUUCAAUAGAAAAAAAAUAAUUACAUUUUGUAUACCUAAAUUUUUGUUUUAUUUUAAAAUUGUUUAAAGAACAUUAUAAUUUAUAAUUAAAAUAAUAAUAUAAUGUUUUAUCACAUUAACUACCUAGUAUUUUAACUAAAUGUGUGUAUGUUCACAGCGUCACUUAUCGCCUACAGAGUUUGAAGCAGUUUUCCAAAUGUCUCCAGCUGAAUUUUAUCAAUUGCCUAAAUGGCGCCGCAAUGAACUGAAGCGUAGGGCACGCCUGUUUUAA